CAACAGUUGCCCUUGUCACUUCCCAAUAAAAUAGACCCAGGAAGUAGAAGUUCACUGAAUUGAAAUGUUCCGGUCAUCUUUUGUGUUGUGUAAACGUACUCUACGUGAAAAUUGAUUAGAAAUUGACUGCAAUUUGUGUACUAAUUCUUCAUUCAGUGUCACAUCAUUUCAAUCUCUGAAUAUUUAGUAUAUGAUACAACGGAAGUAGCUGAUAUGCUUAGAGAGCAUAACGUUUCAUUUGUAACGGUGACUGACUGAUUUUACUCUUUAAUGUCUAGCCUUAUCUGAAAAUUAUACUUUUUUUAAGUUAUAUAUUGUUCUACUAUGUCUGUAUGAAUGAUAAAGCCCACAACGUAUACCUUAGUUUUGAGUUGGAAUCAUUUUAUUUGGAUUUAACCUCAAUUUUUCCAAACUAAACAAACAUUUUAACUGAACAUAACCUAUUUUGUGAAGUGAUUAAUUUGAUUGGAAAUAAACAGUUAAUACCUAGCAUAUUAGUUGUAAAAAUGAGGUAUGCACAGUUAGUGAUGGGUCCUGCUGGAAGUGGGAAAUCAACUUAUUGUUCUGCAAUGGUUAGACACGCUGAAGAUGAAAAUAAGGUUAUUCAAAUUGUAAAUCUAGACCCAGCAGCUGAGUAUUUUGACUAUGAACCCUUUGUAGAUGUAAGAGACUUGAUACAUUUGGAAGAUGCAAUGGAAGAUGAAGACAUGAAAUUUGGGCCUAAUGGCGGAUUGGUGUUUUGUAUGGAAUAUUUAUUGGAGAAUGCGGACUGGUUAAGAGAUCAGUUGGGAGAUAUUGAAGACGAUUACAUUAUAUUUGACUGCCCAGGUCAAAUUGAGCUGUAUACGCAUAUGAAUACCAUCAAACACCUUGUCGAUCUUUUACAACAGUGGAAUUUUAAUAUUUGUGGUAUAUUUUUGGUUGACGCCCAAUUCAUGGUUGAUGGUCCAAAAUUUCUGUCUGGAACUAUGGCAGCACUGUCAGUAAUGGUGAAUCUGGAACUACCUCAUGUAAACAUUUUGAGUAAAAUGGACCUUCUUACUAAAUCUGCUCGCAAUCGACUAGAUAGUUAUCUUGACCCAGAUCCUCAUGCCUUACUUCAAGACAAUGAGACAACAUCAACUUGGAAUACCAAAUAUGGAAAACUGACAGAAGCUCUAGGACAGCUAAUUGAGGAUUUUAGUUUAGUUCGUUUUCAUCCUUUGAACAUCCGUGAUAAUGAGAAUCUUGCUGAUCUCCUUCUUACAAUCAACAAUGUCAUUCAAUAUGGUGAGGAUGCUGAUGUUAAAACCAAGGAUUUUGAAUACCCAGAUCCAGAAGAUAAUGACAAUUAGUGAACCGAAAUAUGAUCAUUAUAUUGUAAAAACAAACAAAAAAUACAAUUCUAAGCCAAUAAGUUUUGUUACAUAAGUCACAAAUUAUGCUUUUACUAUUUGGGAAAAUAAAUGGUUUUAGACCUUGA